GCUGCACGACCCUGAGUGCCUGGGUACAGAGGAAAUGACAGAGAUCUGGCCUGUGGUCCCUCGGACUCUGAGAAUUGAUGCACAACAGGUCCCAUUUUAAAUUGUCACGAGAUAUUGACCCGAAAGCAGAAUAGUCGUUCUUGUCUCUCCCUUCACAUGGCUCAUGUCAGUCGGCGAGUCCAAGGUGCACAUCAUGUCCAUGAAGAAGAGCACCAACAUUAUGGUGACAGCACUGAGGAGGAACUAGCGACAGAGGACAUGGACGAGAGUAGAGGACCACUCGAUGAAAGCGGAGCCACCAUCACUGACGACGAAGACGAAGAAGUCGACGAUGCUGUUCUGGAUGAUAUCCAGAAAUUUGAGCAGAGUUUCAAAAACAUUACACAACGUUACCGCCUAAUUAACCGCAUCGGCGAAGGGACCUUUUCGACAGUAUACAAGGCAGAAGAUCUCCUCUACGAUCACUACCAGAACGACUGGGAUCCUGAUGCUGAGAAGGAGAAUCACCAUGGCACAUCUAAUGGCUAUAAGCAAUCGUCUCGUGCCAACAAGCCCAAGUAUGUGGCCAUCAAGAAAAUCUACGUCACGUCGUCACCAUCACGUAUCCUGAACGAGUUGGAGCUUCUAUAUGAUCUGAGAUCGGCUGUGAACGUCGCACCGCUGAUCACCGCCUUUCGACAUCAAGAUCAAGUCAUUGCAAUUCUACCAUACUUUCAGCACAAAGACUUUCGAGAAUAUUAUCGAGUUUUCACCGUCACGGAAAUGCGGAUAUACCUGCACAGCCUCUUCACGGCUUUGAAAUAUGUCCACGAAGCUUCUAUCAUCCAUCGCGAUAUCAAGCCAACCAACUUCUUGUAUCUGCCUAAUCAACAGAAAGGAGUCCUGGUCGACUUCGGAUUGGCAGAAAAAUACGGCACGGAUUGGCAUCAGUGCGUCUGCUGUCUUGACAUGAAAGAGCGACAGCGUAGAGUUCAUGGAUCAGUCUAUGCUUCCACCGUGGCAGCCUCACAGGCUUCGAGUCAGCAGAUGCCUCGCCCAGCAUAUCCAAAAGAAGACCAACGGCCUUCUCGUCGCGCGAAUCGUGCCGGCACCCGAGGAUUUCGCGCUCCCGAAGUCCUCUUGAAAUGUACUGCUCAGACUUGUCUCCUUGAUGUAUGGAGCUGCGGAAUCAUCCUUCUCACCUUCCUAUCCAAACGCUUCCCGUUUUUUCACUCAGCAGAUGACAUUGACGCUUUCAUCGAACUGUGUACUAUCUUCGGUCGCAAGAAGAUGAAGGAGACGGCACUAUUGCAUGGGCAGGUCUUGCAGACCAAUGUGACCACCAUCUUCGAGCAUGGCCACGGCUGGGAGAAGAUUCUCCUAUGGUGCCUAGGCCGGACAAAGAAAGAGGACGGGAGUGGCGGGCUGAGUACGGAGGAAUUGGAAGCGGUGGAAUUUUUGAAGUGCUGCCUCGAGCUCGAUCCUGCGAAGCGAAUCACUGCUGCGGAAGCCUUGCAGCAUCCUUUCCUGAUCAAUUGUGGUCCGGUGGCCGACGAGGAUCUUAAUGACGAUGAUGAAGGUGAUGAUAGCGGCGUCGAUUGAUCAAAGUCGUGAGCUUCUCCUCAAAAUGCAGCGGCAUAGCUUCAGGGAAACGGGUGAUUUGAUCACAGAAGUCUGAAUUUUUAACAAUGUUUUAUUACUUCUUCAGCGCAUAGCAAGGCAGGGCAGAUACCCAUGAAUAUACAGCAAACCAUCGUUCGAGU